AACAUGAAUGAUGACACUAAGAAACUUUUUUGCAGCUAGUAGUUUCUUAAAACUCUAGACAUAAGGCUCGUAAUAAAGUAUUCGCUUGUAAUAUAAAGUUCUAUUGUCAAAUUGUAGGACGCCGAUAGAGAAGACCGCGCGGUUUGCAAGUAUUUCACUCUUGUGCAUGUGUGAGUGUGCGUCUGUGUGCGGCAGUGCGGCAGCGAGUAGCUGUCAAAUAACUAGUGGAUGAAAGACGAGUUCACUUUUUCCGACAAAAAUGAUUUCUAUUACGUUAAUAGUUUAGUUUAGAGUUAUGUACGCCUUUAAUUACCCAUAUGAAAAUAUAUUAACUUGUUAUUUAACAAGCAGUACUUACGUUGACUACAGAAACCAUGGUUCAAUUGCAUCCACCGUUGCAACUCGAGGAAAUACCAAAAGAAGACGAAGAAAGACUAGAAAAAUUGUUUUCUAAAUUAGACACCGAUGGAAAUGGAAAAAUCGACAUCCACGAUCUGUCCGUCGCCCUCAAGGAGUUGGCUCCGCACAUCAACCGCAGUUAUGCAGAGAAAUUCUUGGCAAAGCCUGGCUGGAAAGAUGGCGGUGACGUCACCAUGUCCGAAUUCAUGCACUACGUGCGCGAACACGAGAAGAACCUCAGGCUUCAAUUCUCUCACCUUGAUAAGAAUCAAGAUGGCAAAGUUGAUCUGGAGGAGCUUAUAUCGGCAUUCGCUGACAUGGGCAUUGCUGUUGGGAGGAACGAAGCAACUAAUUUAUUGAAAAGGAUGGACCAGGACGGCAGCCUUACCAUCAGCUACGACGAAUGGCGGGACUACAUGCUUCUCGCACCGGCCACCGACAUACACUCGCUCAUUCACUUCUGGAGACACUCUACCUACUUGGACAUUGGCGAGGACAUGAACGUGCCGGAUGACUUCACCCAAAGUGAGUUGCAGACAGGAAAGUGGUGGCGACAUCUGUUGGCCGGAGGCAUUGCGGGAGCAGUCAGUCGAACCUGCACGGCUCCACUAGAUAGACUCAAAGUAUUUCUACAGGUUAACCCAACGAGGGAAAAUAUGGGUGGAUGUUUAGCAAAAAUGAUAAAUGAGGGAGGUAUUAGCGGCUUAUGGAGAGGUAAUGGCAUUAAUGUAAUUAAAAUUGCACCCGAGUCGGCCUUGAAGUUUGCUGCCUAUGAACAAGUGAAAAGACUUAUUAAAGGAGACAAGAGAGCCAAUCACCCCUUGGAAAUCCAUGAGCGUUUUGUAGCUGGUGCAAUGGCGGGUGCGAUGGCGCAAACUGUGAUCUAUCCACUAGAGGUGUUGAAAACAAGAUUAGCUUUAAGAAAGACGGGCCAGUACAGCGGGAUACUAGACGCUGCAAGAAAAAUUUAUUUACGGGAAGGGCUCAAGUGUUUCUACAAAGGAUACAUUCCAAAUAUAUUGGGCAUAGUGCCUUACGCUGGCAUAGACCUUGCCGUUUACGAGACACUGAAGAAGAAGUACAUCAGCAAGUACCAAGCUCACAACGAGCAGCCAGGCAUGUUGCUGUUGCUGGCGUGUGGCAGCGCCUCCUGCACGCUCGGACAAGUCUGCUCGUACCCUCUGGCACUCGUCCGAACGCGAUUGCAAGCUCAAGAAAAAGCAGCACAUGGCGCGGAAAGCACAAUGCGCGGUGCGUUCCGCGAGAUCGUCCAACGCGAGGGCCUGAGAGGUCUAUACCGAGGCAUCACUCCGAACUUCAUCAAGGUGAUCCCGGCCGUGUCCAUCUCGUACGUGGUGUACGAGUACGCGAGCCGGUCGCUCGGCGUGAAUAUGACGUGAUCGCGCCGCCGACCCGCGGCUGCAGACGUCACGCGGCCGGCACGCGACAUCCCCGUCGCGACCGUUCCGCCCCAACGCUCGAGCUCAAACUCGCAUCACAUUCUAAUUUAAGCAUAUUAGCAAAUUGCAUUUCGUUGUACAUAGCUCUUGUGCAUGUUAAGUCUUAUUUAUUCUAUGUACGUACGUGACAUAUUCCAAUUUAUUUAAUUGUUUCAAAAGGAUAUUGUAAUCUUUUAAGCUUGUAAUUGUGUAGCGAACCAUUGGUUGCAUUUGGUGGUAAAUUGAGGUGGAUAGAAUAAAACGACACUGACCAGAAGUCGGUCACACAACCUGUGAUUACAAUAAAUUAUGUAUUUUUUUAUUUUAUUUUUAUUUAUUUUAUUUUAAUUAUCCUUACACACUCUCUUAUUAGACCGUCCACUCAUAUUUUACAAGCAUUAAGUUUACGACUAUCAUUGCCCAUCUGAUAUGAAAGAGUGUUGUAAUCUCAAAAUGGAACUAACUACUAUUCUAUAUGAAAUAUAGAAUAUUUAGACAGUUUGAGUUUUUGAUGAUUUAAUAGACAUUAUAUGGACGAAGCCCCUAGUAUACAGCAAGCAUACAGCUAUACUAUACACGAGGUAAGGAAAGAGCUGUGAUUAGUAUAAGCAAAAAGUUUGAAUUCAAUUUUAUAAGGUUUAACCUUACCCCUGUCUCGAAAUGGUUUUUUUCGAGGCCGAGCAUUUGAGAAACUAUAGGGGUCAUUAGAUACAUCUGAGAACAAAAGUACAAUUAUAACACUAACAUUAUUCAUAACAAGUAAUGUUUACUAACAAUAUCUUGCACCGGUUCUAAGAUAUUCUUGAUUUUAGUCACAAAUGCUCUCUAUUUCUUUGCGUGUACUAUUAAGCCUACUAUGCUUCUUAUCUACACCCUAUAGUUAGAAUACUAACAACACUCACUACACAAAGCUUUUGACAAACAUAAUAUAGCAUUGACGAAAAUGUCCAUUUGUA